GAUGAGCCAGAUGACAAGGACAUUGGGUUUAGCGGUGGUUCUCACUGGGUUAGUGGCUGUCGGUGCCUCUUCCAACGUCUCCAGAGAAAGCUGUUCCUCGGUCAAAGUGCUUGGUGAAAAACCCUCGGAGAUACAUCUCGAAGUCCUCCAGGGGAUGUGCGAGAAGAUGUUCGACCACGUCCUCCUCAGUAGUUCCUCAAGCAGAAAAACGGCAAGCCAACCUCAAAAGAGAACAACCCAGGCGGCUUUGGUGGUUCUCCACAAAGACAGCUCCAACAGCUACGUGACCUGGGACGCUGGCGCAGAGCCUAAUGUCAUCACGAAGAAAGGCUGGUAUAUAGACGAGGAGGUCUCACUCCGAAAUGGAUAUCGCUGGUACAGCCACGGCCUGCCCAUGUGGCCUUUCCUGAACCGGAUGAAGCGGUGGCCCAAUUACGCCCUCGCGACUCCGCUUUACCUCGCCCCGGCCGAGCAUUGCGAAAAUCGGAACCCUCUCAUCUCCGUCGGGAAGUUCCUUAACAAUGAACUCAAGAGGCCUCGAAGCGAUCCCGUAGAUUCAUUCUCGAGUUCAGCAGUCCAGAAGAAUGUUUAUAAAUUCGUCUUGCUGCAUUUCUUCGUACCGGACCAAGUCUGGCGAGAAAAUGCAGACAAGGACUUCGAAGAAUAUGAAAACUGGUUCCAACCGCUUGUGCAACAAAGUCUCAAGCCCAUGAUAAAGACGUUCGUCAAACAACACAAGUCAAAAUGCCCUGACGAAACCUACGUGUUCUUCUUCCGCCAACCCUGUGAGAGCCUGGAGUCCUGCAAAGUGAUUAAGGACGUUAAGCGAGAAUUCGGCAAAUGUCCAUGCACUGAAAUAGUCGUCGGUUUCCUUAAGCCGCUGGCGAACUAAGAAAAGGAAGAGAUUAACAUAUACAAGAAAUGUCUUUGCUUCGGCUCCUUUUCCUUACCAAAGAUGUAUUUUAACUUUAACGUAACGUGUAUGAGAUAAAGCAGCGUAAAAUCCGAAGAAAUGUUCAGAAUAAUCUAAAUACAUCCAAAGGCCUCUCUGGUAUGAAUAUGCUAUAAAACAAGCCGCUAAACAACUACCGAGUCGACCAACCAGAACAAACGGCCGAUUCCAUCCUCGCUUAUAAUCGAGCGGCUUAUUGCAACCUUUCUGCACAGCUGCCGACCUGAGUGACUUAUGACCCCGAAGGGAAAUGUCAUCUCCUUAAAAGACUCGCAAACCGCCAGACACACGCAAACUGUAAUGAGCACCAGUUACCGUUGCCCAAAGAAACUUUUACACUGGCGGAACCUUCAACACUGAAGUCGAAGACGAUGCAGCUGCUGCCGCCAAAAUCCAGAGAGAGAAGGCGAGUUGUUUUUUUUACAUCUGCAAGUCGAGAUCCUUUCAUCUUUAUCCUUUGUGCAAUGUGUAAAGAGCAAUCAUCAACUUUACACAAAGAGAGGUUUACACUGGCCUUCAAUCCGUGAUCUUGCAUCCUGUGAAUUGAAAGGCUGGAACAUUAGCCAGUGCUCAAGAAGACAGAAAGGUGUUUUUAUUCAAGGUGGCUUUAUAUCUCCGAGUCUAUGAUGUUCUUUUUGUCAUUGGCUAAUCUUGUAAUGAUAACAGCUACGGAUUUUAUGGGUUUUCUAAUAAUUCGCAUUUGUAAGUUUGGUCAUAAAGUCAUUUUGUUAUAAUCUACUAUUAUAUGUGACCGUAGCCUCACGUUUGACCUAUUAUUCAGAAAUAAUGCAUUUGCAAUGUCAUGAAACUGAUGGUAGUUAAUCAUUUAAAAGUAUGUUACACACUCUAAUACAGAUCCUUUUUAAAUUAAGAAAUACUUAUUCAUUCCUUCAUAAUCAUAAAUCUUAUGAUAAUCAAUUUCUAUUUACUACCAGUAUCAUUACCAUAAAUAACUACCAUCAACUAACAUGAUAUCUUAAAUAUAGUUCAUAUAUAUAGUUAAAUAGUACCUCUGUCUAUAUAUAUCUCUUUAUCUAUAUUUCUCUCUUUCUCUCUCUAUCCGUCUAUAUUUCUCUCUUUCUCUCUCUAUCCGUCUAUAUUUCUCUCUUUCUCUCUCUAUCCGUCUAUAUUUCUUUCUUUCCCAUUCUCUCUCUCUCUCUCUCUCUCUCUCUCUCUCUCUCUCUCUCUCUCUCUCUCUCUCUCUCUCUCUCUCUCUCUCUAUCCCUCUCUCCCCUCUCUUUUUGUCUCUCUUUCUGUCUCUCUUUCUUUGUCUCUCUUUCUGUUUCUCUUUCUUUCUCUCUCUCCCUUUCCCUCUCGCUCUCCCUUUCCCUCUCCUUCUCUCUCUCUCUCUCUCUCUCUCUCUCUCUCUCUCUCUCUCUCUCUCUCUCUCUCUCUAUCUAUCUAUCUAUCUAUCUAGAUGAAUAAAAAAUGGGGAAAAUGCUGUGCUUUUUUAUUUUUUGUGAAUUGUCUCUACACAUAGAUGGCUCUGCCUUACCUGAUUUCACUUUUCCUUGAAUUGGAGGGAAAAUGUAUUUUUACUAGUGCUAUGAAUACCGAUGGUGUUGUUUUUAUUAUAAACAUUAUAAUUUCUAUAAUGUUGUAAACAUUAGUGACAGCAAAACAAGAUAACGUAAAAUAUUUCCGUAAAUCAAAGAAAAGGGUAAACGGGCGAGACAGGUAGUACUCGUAAUUGGCUUACUAUUGACUUUGUACAAGUGUAGCCAUCUAUGUUAUAAACAAUUAAACAAGUAAACUCACAGUGGGCAUGGCAUAGACGUACGUGACAUGCCCGUGGGAAUGGGUUAACUUUUGUGGAAGAAUUUAACCUUGCAUUAUUGGUUAGCAUGUGUGUAUUUAUGUGUAGGUGUAUAUAUAUAUAUAUAUAUAUAUAUAUAUAUAUAUAUAUAUAUAUAUAUAUAUAUAUAUAUAUAUAUAUAUAUAUAUUCUUACGAUCGGCUACCCUCAGAAAUUACGUUUUCUGACGCAGUACUGAUCAAAGAAACUUGAAUGUUUUGUCACCAAUUGUAAUAAAAUUGUAUAUCUUAUUCACGGGCAUGUAACUACAAUUUUUUAUCAUUGUUACCCUUAUUAUUCAUUACUUCUUUCUUGUCAACGGUAGUUACCACAGUAGUAUUGAUAAUAAAAUGGCAACAGUGUAA